GCUCACUUGUAUUUUCUGGAUGUUACUUGGUGUACUUGUAUGUAAUGUGUAAGGGGAUAUGAAUGCAAAUGGUGGGCCUAUUGUCUUGACGUCAUGUGACUUAGUUGCAGUAUUAAAACCUUGCAGCAUUGCCAAGAGGUUAAUUUCCUUGAGGGUAAGACCAGCUGUGUUUACUAAAUCAAUAGAUGAGUUUGGACCUCCACAGUAAAUUUUUUAGAAAGACCAGACAAAAUAGCUAAUGGUAAUUUGGUCCUGUACUGAAUGAGUUAUUGCUGUUCAUAUGCUUUUAGCCAUUCGUGGUGUGAGGGCUGGGACCACCGAAGAUGAUAUUCUUCAUCGAUGGAGAGUACAGCAUCGAAUGGAAAGAGCACGUGCAUCAGUGGUCCAAGGAAGAGAAGAUCCACACUUUGGGUUGGGCCCUUGUCGCCCUCCUGUUGAUAGAAUUGAGGCAAUCCCAUACAAAAGAACAGUGCCUACAAGAUCCCGAUUUGGAUUUGUGGAGUCAGCUUUUGGUAGUGCAGACAUAAGGAAUGCAAGCAGACAAGUUGGAGACCAGACUACUAAUCUGUUUGUGAGUGAGCAGUUAGAACAGCAGGAAUUCUCACAAGCAGCUCAUCAAUCUUCCAAUAUCACUGAUCCCCACAUUCAGUCAGCCCCUGCCUCCACAUUAGAAGAAAGGCUUAAUUCGUACCCUACACUUCUCCCUCCUUGUACAGUAGAAAAUGCUGCAGUGGCUCCUCAUACUCAUCUUCUCUGUGACAUUGUCACUUGCAAUCACUUGUCAGCUGCAGUCAGAUCUGCUGCUCUCUCUAGACCAAACUGCCACCUUGCAAGUCCAAGGACCAACCAGAAACAACAGCUGCAAGGAAACAAGCAGCAACCUGCAUCCCAGUCAACAUAUGCGUUCCAACCAGGACACCAUCAAAUUACUGAUGUAAGAGUUGAUCCUAACCACGUGCGUUCGAGGACAAAUGACAAGCAAAGCACAGUGACUAGACAAACAGUAGGCGCUGAUCUUGCGUCUGUAUUUGCACAAGACCAAGUUCUUCAGUCAUUAUUGAUUCAAGAGCAACGUUGCCAGGAUCGUCUCAGGUCAUUAGCGCAGCUGCUGGAUCAGGAAGGAAAGUGACAGUAAAACCAUACAUAAUUGGUGCUUUGUCUGUUGCUUGAAUAGCUACGAAGAUUGUAAUAGUGUUGUAGUUGUAGAAUUUAUGUCUAGCAUGGGCAGCAUCCAAUCGUUGCAGGCUGACGCGCUUUGAUCGAUGAUAGUCUAAAAAUUUUUAGUUUCUCUGGGAACAAGAUGAUGUGAUGUCAUCUGCAUUACUUUUGCAGUCGUUUGUGUAUUCGGAGUAUACGAAGGGGUAGUAUCACGUGCAUCCUAUUACUGUCGCUGAUGAUGAUCUACAGCACUCUUGCAGGUGUCAUUAUCAGUUAGACAAUCGGAACUGCUGUUGAUGGGCAAUUAGAAUCGUUUACGCGUUAUGUGCUCAUUACCCAUUUUCAUAGGCUCCUAGUGUUACGUGUAAUUGCUACCAUUACAAGGUUUCAUAAUAGGACUAUACGCUACCUGUAAAACGUAUUCACUGGAGAAUUUACAUCUACUAGAAGGGCUGCUUUCUUGCAUGGACAAUAGAGCUGUUUGGGUGUUACUGUGACUACUCUAGUGGAUAGUGUGCUAAGUUUAGUCACAUGCCGUCAAUUAAACCAUUAGCGGCGUACCUCUUGCUUCUCUGUGUGGUCCUGUUGCUGCCGUUUGUUCAGCCCCCUAUCUGUUUUCGUGUCAGAAAUGGCAAUAACGAGGGGCAGAACUACUUUUCUCCGCCCUAACAGUUCGUGUAAAGCUUUCAAAGUGGGUAGUUGCGGAAGUUCGUCCGGCACAGAAUGCAAAUCGUCAUGAGCAGCAGCAACCCUGGCAUGAGAGCGGCAGAUGAUGAUGGAGCGCCAAAUACCAAGGCGAGAAAAAGUUUCCUCAUAGAAGACCUCCUGAAGAAAGGAUGCUCACAAAGUAGAGCCAGUGUGACGACAGCAAACAAGAGAGAUGUCUUUCCGUUGUGUUAUUCACCACACGUUCCCACCUCCACCCCGUUCGGUUAUCUACCAGCUGCAGUUGUAGGACAAGCUAACAUGUCAACCCAGGCCCGUUGCGGACUAGGGUUUCACGUCCCUUCUCCAAUGUGCCUUCCUCCUUCGUGCAGUGCCGACUUCUUCAACUACGCUUCCUAUAAUCCACAAGUGCAGCGAUUUCAACCCUAUUGUGUGAUCCCUCCAACACACAGUGAGAAAAGUGAGACAGAUUCUAGUGGAAGAAGAAGAAAGUCUCGUACAGUUUUUAGUGAAUAUCAAUUGAUGGGAUUGGAGAAGAAAUUUCAGACGCAAAAGUAUCUGUCUGUACCUGACAGAGUGGAAAUCGCAGGAGGUCUAAAUCUCUCUGAAACACAAGUCAAAACUUGGUUCCAGAAUAGGCGAAUGAAAUGGAAAAAACAAGGCAAUAUAGAAGGAGCGUCUGCUGCAGGUGCAGCGAGAGACACCGAGUCUAUGGACUGUAGCUCGGGUGCAAGUGAAUAUAGUAAAGUAUAAUGGUACAUAAUGAAUGCACUUGUCGUUCUACAGAUCAAAGUACUCACUGGUGUAAUGAUAUUUCAGAGAAAUGUGUUAUCAAGCAAAAUAAAUAUGUUGUUAGCUGCAUUAGUUCAAUCUUGCUGCUCAUAAUUGUCUUUACAAUAAACUAAAAUAU